GAAGACUCAGCAGACACGUUGAGGGGGAGUUACCGAGAGCCCGGGCAGCAAAAACAUCCCGGCGCAUUCCUGGGGAGUCCUCAGCUGCCAGCAUCUGAUUACAACCAUAUCUCGCCGGGAGUGGCCCGCGGCGGAGGCUCCCGGGCCCGCGGCUAUUUAAGCGCGGCCGCGCCGUGUGGGCUGCGCGGCUGCCUGGAGGCUCGGGCGCGGGCGAGUGAUGCUCGCUGCGCAGCGGCGCUAGCUAGCCUGUGUCUGCAGUAGGUUAUGCUCAUUUGAGACUCCUCCGCCGGGGAUCUGCGGGUGUCACUAAGUGUCUGCUGGUGCUGGAGUUUGCUGCCUGCCUUCUUGCCAUGUCUAACGAAGUAGAAACGAGCACAACCAACGGCCAGCCUGACCAACAGGCCGCCCCAAAAGCGCUGUCGAAGAAGGAAAAAAGGAAAGGCUCAGAAAAGACAGAUGAGUAUCUUUUGGCCAGAUUCAGAGGCGACGGUGUCAAAUACAAGGCCAAGCUGAUUGGCAUCGAUGAUGUGCCCGAUGCAAGGGGAGAUAAAAUGAGCCAAGAUUCUAUGAUGAAACUCAAGGGCAUGGCGGCAGCUGGCCGGUCUCAGGGACAACACAAGCAAAGGAUCUGGGUCAACAUUUCCCUCUCUGGCAUAAAAAUCAUCGAUGAGAAAACUGGGGUGAUUGAGCACGAGCAUCCAGUAAAUAAGAUUUCUUUCAUCGCCCGUGACGUGACGGACAACCGGGCGUUUGGUUACGUGUGUGGAGCGGAAGGCCAGCAUCAGUUUUUCGCCAUAAAAACAGGACAACAGGCUGAGCCAUUGGUCAUUGAUCUCAAAGACCUUUUUCAAGUGAUCUACAAUGUAAAGAAAAAGGAAGAAGAAAAGAAAAAGAUGGAAGAAGCCAAAAAUGCAGUCGAGAAUGGAAGCGAGACCCUAAUGACUCAUGAUGACCAAGCUAACAAACUAAAAUUGGCUGUUGACCAGAUGGAUUUGUUUGGGGACAUGUCUACACCUCCUGACCUAAAUAGUGCAACAGAAAGCAAAGAUAUCCUGUUAGUGGACCUAAACUCUGAAAUCAACACCAAUCAGAAUUCUUUAAGAGAAAAUUCAUUCUUAACAAACGGCGUCACCUCCUCCUCUCUUCCUCGACCAAAGCCUCAGGCACCUUUCUUGCCCGAAAAUGCCUUUUCUGCCAAUCUCAAUUUCUUUCCCACCCCUAAUCCUGAUCCUUUCCGCGAUGAUCCUUUUGCACAACAAGACCAAUCGCCACCCUCUUCGUUUGAUUCUCUCAAAUCUCCAGAUCAGAAGACAGAGGAUUUGAGGGGCUUGUCCCCUCCCCUGAGUAACGGGCCCCUGAACGGGGACGCUGAUUACUUCGGUCAGCAGUUUGACCAAAUCUCUAACCGGACUGGCAAACAGGAGGCUCAGGCAGACCCGUGGCCCCUUCCAAGCCCACAGACACAGGCACAGCCAGCAGUGAGAACUCAGAACGGGGUGUCUGAAAAAGAACAGAACGGCUUCCAUGUCAAAUCCUCCCUGAACCCUUUUGUGGGAAGCCCUCCCAAAGGACUGCCCGUCCCAAAUGGCAUAAAGCAGGACUUGGAAAGCUCGGUCCAGUCCUCAGCACAUGACUCCAUAGCCAUUAUCCCACCUCCACAAAGUACCAAACCGGGAAGAGGCAGAAGGACUGCUAAGUCUCCAGCCAAUGACUUGCUGACGUCAGACAUCUUCGCUCCUGCCGACUCAGAAGCUCCAGGCCAGGGGUCACCCACCGGACACCCUGCAACCCCACAGGCCAGCCCUCUGGAUCUCUUCAAGACCAACGCCUCUGCCCCUGCGGGGCCCCUCGGGGGUCUUGGUGGGGUGCAGAUGACACCCCCUCAGGCAGGACCCUGGAGCCCAACGUCUCUAGUGUUCAGUCAGUCCACUUCGGUGGUCCCGGGAGCCAUGGUGGGUGGCCAGCCUCCAGGAUUCGCUCCGCCCAUGGUCUUUACCACAAGCCCAGCGGUUGCAGGUUGGAGCCAGCCUUCAUCCUUUGCAGCCUCGACUUCCCCUGCAGCCCCUGUUGUUUGGGGCGCAUCGGCAUCUGUGCCACCCAACACCUGGUCAUCAGCGAGCCCCUUGGGAAACCCUUUCCAGAGCAACAUUUUCCCAGCUCCUGCCGUAUCUGCCCAGCCCCCUUCCAUGCUCUCCUCUCUCCUGGUCACUCCUCCUCAACCACCUCCCCGAACUGGCCCUCCACGGGACGUCUCCACUGAUGCCUUCGUUGCCUUGGACCCACUCGGGGACAAAGAAGUCAAGGAAGUGAAAGAAAUGUUUAAGGACUUGCAGCUGCGGCAGCCUCCUGUCGUCCCCGCAAGGAAGGGAGACCCAACCCCUUCUGGGACCUCAAGUGCCUUCUCCAGUUACUUCACCAGCAAAGUGGGCAUUCCUCAGGAGAAUGCAGACCACGAUGACUUUGAGGCUAACCAGCUGUUGAAAAAGAUCAAUGAACCACCAAAGCCAGCUCCCAGACAAGGCGCCCUGCCGGUUACCAAAUCUCCUGACAGUGCAUCUGAGAAUCCUUUCUCUAAAAAUUCUUUCAGUUCCUCACAAGCCUCUAUGGCUUCGCCUCAACCUGCAGCUCCUGAUGUAUAUGGGGACCCUUUCGGAAGUCCUUUUGCCUAACUUCUGAACCAGGCCGCCUGACUAUCCGGAGGAGCGAAAGGAUGGCCAGACAAAGUGGAUAGCCAGACAAGCCCUGACCUCUGCCCUUGUUCCAGCUUUGAUAUAUUACCCGUUGCCUUACUUCUUGCUGCCUCUUCCACGUGUAAAAUGCCUCUCACUUUUUGUUUAGGUUAAAGCUAAACCGAAUCUAUGGCUUUAAAUAAAUUAAGAACCUAAACUGUCUAGCUUAAGUGUAAAUGAAGUAGUUUCCCUACUUGAUCCCUUGCCUAUUGUGUCCCUGACCUUCUAGAACAUUCUACCACGUACCCUCUGGUUGAGUGACGCAGCCGCCACAACUCCUCAGAUCAGACUGCUUUGAAUAAAUAUCAAAAUCCUCACUGUUCACGGUUGUGCGGGGGUUUCAUCUUAGACCAUAAACCCUAAAUGUAGUAGGACAAGGCACCUUCUAAGUCUUGCUUCAGACCCUCGCUUCCAGAGAAUUUUUAAAGUUCAGUUGGAGCAAGUGCCACUUCUCCCUAGACAUGUGGGAACCCGACACACCCAAGAACCUUUUUAAAGAUGGUAUUUCUGCUAGUUCUGAAGAUCAUUUGUAUUUUCUCAAGGGCAAGGUUGUCCUCUUUCCAAUCUGCUAGCUCUUGCCAAUGGGGGAAGAGCAUUAUGUGUUGUGUCUUUCCUCUCCUUUUCCUUGCGAUUCUCUUUUCCAUCAGCCUUGCUCCCAGGUUCAUAUACUAUUUCCUCCCUUUCACAAGAAAUGGAGUUUUGUGGGACAAAAGUUCCGACGAUUCACAGACCUGAACCCUCACCACCUUCUCAGUGGUUUCCGAUCCCAGUAAUUAGAAGCGCAAACAGGACAACCUUUAUCCUUUCUGUGGAAUAAGGGGCCAUCCUCUUGAGCUGAAGUCCCUGAAGAGCAGUGAAUGUCGAAGAAAACCUGAACUCAACUCAGCAGUGAAGGACAACACAUCACAAAGAUAAAUGUGAUUGUGCCAAACAUAUAAGGUGCUUAUCUGGGGUCAUGCUAGACCUUUAUCAAGUGACGGGAAAACUUUUCUUGAAGCCACAAUCUCGUAACUAGUUAGCAGAUAAAUAGGAAAAAAAUGGCAAACAAUUACUUGCUCUUACUAUUAAAAGCCUAAUGUCUGUCAUAUUUUUCUCCUCAUAACCUUGGACAAUUCCCCAGUUUGUGUUCCAUCCUGUUGUUAGCACAGUUCUGAAGGGUUUGUUCUCGCCAACAUGAGUUUUGUUUGUUUAUGUUGGGUUUUUAAUGUCUCUUGACCCCUAAUGCUCAGGUUCUGGUGGGUGUUGGUCGACCACGUACAAUGUCACCUUCAGAUAAACACGAGGAUGAUGGCUCAGGAUCUAAACAAGAUGGUGGCUUUGUGAACCUCUGUUAAUUAGCCCCCAGGAGUCCAAGCUAAAGUCCUGUGGUUUUCUGUUCAAUGGUAGCGAAAUAGCUCAUUGUGUUUGGCAUAAUUUUCCAUCUGGCUUCCUAUUCAGUCAUUACAAACGCAGACUUGAAGUAGUAUUUUAUAUGUCCAAAUACCUACAUGUACUCAAUGGGAGACGAUUAUUUCCAGGUAGUUGAAUUUUUGAAAGUAGAAAAAAAAUUUGAAAGUGAUGAUCAGCCACUCAGUUGUUUUAUACAUACUUGUUUACUUGUGCACUUUUCUGUAUGCAAACAAAGCUAUAAAUUUAUUCAUUUCAAUAAACUGGAAUGGCAGAA